UUUAGCCAACCGCGAUCCUCUUUGCCGAGAAAAAGAGAUAAACCCUGAGUGAGUGAGUGGCAUUUACAACAAGGGUUUAAGAGGAGCAAUCUUCUUGAGCUCAAACCCUAAUAACAAUGGCUUCUGCCUCAAGGUUGUUACUCUCCAAGAAUAUAUGCAAAUCACUUCUUCAACCUCCAUUCAGUUCCUCCCCAAUUUCACGAUUGAUCACAAGUGUUGCCCAUCGACAAGCUUUUUCUUUCAGGGGUUUUACUGGGCUUCCUGAUUAUGACUCCUCUUCGUCUGUCGCCACUGCGUUGAACCUCGAUAAUCGUGUUCCAGCUACUGUCAUUACUGGAUUUCUUGGUUCCGGAAAGACUACACUGUUGAAUCAUAUUCUGACAGCUCAACAUGGAAAACGGAUUGCGGUCAUUGAAAAUGAGUUUGGUGAGGUGGAUAUUGAUAGUUCAUUAGUUGCCAGUCAUUCCUCCUCUAAUGAGGAUAUCCUCAUGGUUAAUAAUGGUUGUCUCUGUUGCACUGUUCGUGGAGAUCUUGUUAAAAUGCUUUUGGAGUUGGUAAAAACUAGGCGAGACAAUUUUGAUCAUAUAGUUAUAGAAACGACAGGUCUUGCAAAGCCUGGCCCAGUUAUUGAAACAUUUUGUACUGAUGAGUUGGUUUCACGUCAUGUGAAGCUUGAUGGAGUUGUUACUUUGGUGGACUCAAAGCAUGUGCUGAAACAUUUGGAUAAGGUGAAACCAAGAUUUGUGGUGAAUGAAGCGGAGGAGCAAAUUGCCUAUGCAGAUCGUAUUAUAGUGAACAAGACAGACCUGGUAACUGAUGGUGAGUUGGAAGUCGUGACCAAGAGAAUUAAGCACAUCAACGCGAUGGCAGAAAUAAAGCUUGCUAAAUUCGGUUGUGUUGAUAUGGACUUUGUGCUUGGAGUGGGUGGUUAUGAUCUUGACAGAAUUAAUUCUAUGGUUCAAGGAGAUGAUCAUGCAGCCCAGCGACAUGAAGCUAGUCAUGAGAACCACAACGGAAAUCAUCAUCACCACCACCACCAUGAUCAUGUCCAUGAUUCUUCGGUGUCCAGCGUUAGUAUUGUAUGUGAGGGUACCCUAGACCUUGACGAGCUGGAUGAUUGGCUUGAGAGGCUGAUUGAAGAGAAAGGAGAGGACUUGUACAGAAUGAAAGGUGUCUUGUCCGUGAAUGGCUCCUCAGAACGAUAUGUCUUUCAGGGGGUGCACUCGACUUUGGAUGGUUCCCCAGGCAAAACAUGGGAACCAGAGGAGAAACGGAUAAACAAGAUUGUUUUUAUAGGAAGGCACUUGGAUGAAACUGCCCUCAGGAAAGGAUUCAAAGGUUGUUUAGUAUGAGUAUCGGGUCAAACGGAAACUACAUAAAUACCUCCACCUUGAAAAUACCCAUUGGCUUAGUCGAUGUAUUACUUGCCAACUGUCUUUAAUCGAAGGCUUGAAAAGACAUUAUAAUCAAUUUAGUGCUAUACUGUUACUAUAUACUAAUGCAAAUCAGCUAUAUAUUCGUACCA